AUGGGUACUAGCAGAGUGUCUAUGCCGACCCCUGGAGGUGGUUAUGCCUCUACCCCUGAAGAGUCAGUCUAUCCUGACAUUUGGGGCGAGGACAACAAUCCCUCCAACGGCGACAAUGCCGUUUUCUCAGAUUGGUCAGGCGACGGCAUUUAUUCCUACGCAAACUCUUAUUCCGGUCUCUAUGGCUACACCGGUCAUGCCCAGGGCCACCUGAGCAUCUUCAACAAUGGCAGCUCCAUCGCCAGUGGCAGCUCCGUCGCCAAAGCCAGCUCCGUCGCCAAAGCAAGCCCCAUCGCCAAAGGCAGCCCCAACCCCAAAGGCAGCCCCAUCGCCAAUUCUACUGCCAAUCCCUUCGAUCCUCCGGCCGGUAACGUUCCUGUCCCCGUUGAUCAGGCUGGAGAUGAAACCGACCAUGCCAACCGCGCGGAGGUCGCCGGUCCGGCCCAUAAGGGGCGCCCUCCCAUCAUCAUCAAGUCGAAGUGCGAAGUUUGUAAGGCACCCGCCUAG